AUGGUGAAUAUGGGACGCUACGGAGAAAUUCUGGCUCAGCCACGCCGAGGCUUCGCAGGAGAUCACUGGCAGAGAAAGAUAACAGCAGAAUUUGAGAAAGAUAUCACCCACGAUCGUUGGUUGCGAGACAACUACCAGCUAACGCCAGCAAAACCAACUCAAUCAAUAACUUCUCAGUUUGCCUCUUCUGCCCAACUCAAACUUCCAGCAAGACCUCGACUAUCUUGGCCAAGGCCGCCAAAGACUACUUCCUCCGUUUGGCUGGCCUAG